CUUUCACGCUGGAGUUUCCACUCCUUCCUGAGCAGCUCAGAUCUAGCACGGAGAGAGGCAGCGUUUUCACCUUCAGGGAUUUUUCUCAUUACUCAUUAAUGGAGAGAUAUGUAUCUUGCCUUUUUUUUUUUUUUUUCCCCUCUUUUUUUUUUUUUUUUUUUUUUUUUUUUCUGCGUGGGCAACUUAUUGCAAAGCAAUAAGCAAAGUAUUUGGGGAGGAGUGAUGGGGGGAGGAGGGGGGAACGCUCCCCGGUUUCCUGAGGUCUCUUUCUGGAGCGCUCUCUGGGAAGGUGAUCCUGAGCCGCUUCGGUAGAGGUCACUUGUGUGUGCGUGUGUGUGUGUCCCUGGUGUUUGUGUCUAGCAUAUGCAUGUGGUUUUGCUGACUGCACUUGCAGGCUUGUAAAUUUUCACCAUGGGAAAUUACCAACAAAGCCCAAUCUGUCUCCUGGCUGCUUUGCACUUUCCGAGGGCGGCUGUACUUGAGCGAGCUGCAGAACGGGAGAGAAAGCGAGAGGGAAAGGGGAGUGGGGAGGGGGGGAGGGGGGGAGAGGAAGGGUGGGUGGAGGGGGAGAGAGGUAAAUAGCCUUAAAUCGGAAGGGAGCUGCUUCUCUGUGGUCUUCCACAAGAGCUGCCUGGGCUCUGCUGGCUCAGUAAUAACUGAGUGACCUUUUCUUUUGCUGUAUUAUGUCUGGCUGGUAAGGGAUUGCAUUUUGCAGCUGAUAAAGCCCUGACUUCAUUCAACUCGGCUCCUCACACGCUGCUUUAGGAGAAGAGCUACAAAGCUGCCACUGUGCUUAUUGAACUGCCUCCCCUGUAUCGCUUAAUUGAGAAGGUAUACAAAUGCUCUCAGUCCAGCCAGACACCAAGCCGAAAGGUUGUGCUGGCUGCAACCGUAAGAUUAAAGACCGGUAUCUUCUAAAGGCCCUGGACAAAUAUUGGCAUGAAGACUGCUUGAAAUGUGCCUGCUGUGACUGUCGCCUGGGGGAGGUGGGCUCUACCUUGUACACCAAAGCCAACCUUAUCCUUUGUCGCAGAGACUAUCUGAGGUUAUUUGGCGUUACAGGAAACUGUGCUGCCUGCAGUAAGCUCAUACCUGCUUUUGAGAUGGUGAUGAGAGCAAAGGACAAUGUUUAUCACCUGGACUGUUUUGCAUGUCAACUUUGUAAUCAGAGAUUUUGCGUUGGAGACAAAUUUUUCCUGAAGAACAACAUGAUUCUGUGCCAGACAGACUAUGAGGAGGGUUUAAUGAAAGAAGGUUAUGCACCCCAGGUUCGCUGAUCUGAUGCCACAUCAUUACGAAUACAAAGCACUAUGUUCUUUUAUCUUUUUUGCUCAACAUGUAUAUAAGAAAUGACACGGGAACCUACUGAAUAGCAUAGAUAUAGGGAGGCAGAAUGGUUGCGUGAAAUAAAAGGCGGACUGCAUCUGUAUGUAGUGAAAAUUGCUCCAGUUCAGAGUUGAAUGUUAAUUAAAAAGGUACUGUACAUACAGCUGGAUUCUUUUUGCUUGCUCUUGGGGUUUUUCGUUUGUUUGGGUUUUUUGUUUCUUUUUGUGUCAUUUGGCAUGAGAUGUUUAUUUUGGACUAUUGUAUAUAAUGUAUUGUAAUAUUUGAAGCACAAAUGUAAUACAGUUUUAUUGUGUUACCAUUUGUGUUCCUGUUUGCUUAUUUGUAUUGUUGCAUUUAGUACAAUCAGUGUCUAAACUUACUGUAUAUUUAUGCUUUCUGUAUCUACCAGCUAUUUUAAAUGAGCUGUAUCUUUCUAGUAAAAAGUAUUAAAGAGCAAAUCCCAACCAUUAUGCUACACUUAGAGCUUAAGAAUACUGUUUACAUUAAAACUAUUUAGAAAACUAA